CACAACCGCCCUGAGCGCAGCCUGGAGCGUGCCAACGUGUGUUACUGAAACAUUCAAUUUAAUGACCACAAGGCACUGAAAGAUUGAUAGUGCUAUCACAAGCCGGGGAACCGACCGAGAGUGGCGGAAGCAUAAGGAGAGACUCUUUGUUAAAAGCACAGCGAAAGACGCAGGAGGAAUACCUGAGCCCCCGGAAAGAAGAGGCAUGAAUUUAAAUGACUUUGUGGUGCUUCCGCACAACAAGGCCAAAUCCGUCAAGCUCAAUGCCAGGAACCUGCAAGAACUGCAGAUGGAGACGGUGACUCUGGGCCAGGAGAGCAAAGACAUGGAGGAGAAACUGCAACAGCUGAAAGAGAGCAUGAGUAAAGAAAAGGAGGAGAGAGGGCAUUCUGGAAGGUUUAGAUGGAAGUCUGGGCAGUGUGGUUCUUUAAACAGCAAUGCAACCAGCACCAAGAUGAACAAGGAGAACAGACUCCAAAAGCUGUCAGCAGGCAAGGUGAAGAUUCGAGUGCUGAAGGAUGAACCACUGACAGCCCCACCUCAGCCACCGCCUCCGCCGCCACCCAUUGCUGUUGGUCUUCGGACGACAAGAAGAAACAGGCUGAAGGGAAAAUCCUGUGGACAAUGUGAAGUCAAGACUGCUGAACUAAUGUGUGCUGAAUGCACAGAAGACUACUGCGUUGGCUGCUUUGCCAAAUUUCACCAGAAGGGGGCACUGAAGCUCCACAGAAUGAUCCCCAUUCAGGCAGACUUACAGACCCAUGUGAGCACUCGAGAUGUUGUCAGCUGCUUCCAGAAACAGAUUAGCCCUAGCUCCCCUCCUGCUCUCAAUCCCAGUCCCAAUUCUAAACCCAGUCCCAGUCACACAUUCACGUCUAAUGGAAUAACCAAACGAGGAAAUCAGAGUCCAGAAAAUGGAACAGAGGCUGUGGCAAAACCUAUGCCGUUGCACCCUGAUCCCAGCCAGGUGUUUCUCUUGAAUUAUGGAGGGGAGAAAAAUGUGGAAAUGAUUGAGGAGGGGCUGAAAAGGAAGGAUCAGAGGGAAUUCCCCACCUGUCUUCUUAGAGGAGAGUACGAUGAGGAGGAGUCUGCGAGAUCUUUCCAGGAGGCUCUCAGUCAGUGGAGAGGAGAAAGGACUGAUGGAACAGGAGAAGCUAUGACUGAGGAUGCAAUGUGGACACCGGUCCGACCAGACAGAAUAUCUAACACGUGCAGUCUAGUACAAUGCAAUACAAGAACUUUACAACAAAUAGCUGGAAUGGUCUGUGGGGAAGCAAAUGUGGGUGAUAACUUUGAAGUGAUUUGUCACAUAUCAGUGUCAGCGAUGGCGACCCAGACUGACCUUGCUUCAGACAGAGGAGCUGAAGGACAAGGAAGAAGAAGAAGGGGGGGAGAAGAUAGGGUACCUGUCACACUGGAGUUCACCAAAAACAGCCUUACCUACAUGGACAGAUUGCUUCUCAAGAAGCACCGCAGAACACCAAUUGAAAUGUAUCAUCCAUCGUUGGCCACCGUUGGUACAGAUUUAAACUCACUGACUAAAACAAACAAUGAAGAAGAGACUGAAAGCAGCCUAACAGCUCAGGAGGAGGAUUUCCGUCGCUACUGUGCAUCAUUGUUUGCUGUCCCUGUCAGCAGGGGCAGAAUUGAGCCUCAGAUUACUACACCUGAAUCGUGCCUCAUCAUAGAAGUCCUGGAUGAGGGACACAGAGACAUUGAUGGGGAUUUUGUUGCUGAGCAGAGGACAGACAAAAACAGAAUGGUUCCCUCUGUUCAGCAGGUCCUCAGUAAGGGAAAAACUCUGGUGCCUCAAACAGCCUUCACCAGUGCUGGGUCCUCAAGAGUCAGACGUUUGUCUCCCAGUUCAACACAAUCAUACCAGCAGUCUAGAGCCCCAGCACAACCCAAAGCAGCUCAGAAGUCACAUCUAACUAAACCUCAGACACAAGCAGAACACUCAAGGAAAUCAUCGUCCUCUAAAAGUAAGCCAUCAGUAUGCCCGACUGCUGAGACUCCAAGGACUUCAAAGACAUCAAUCAAGACACCAACUCCGACUUCACAAAAGCCCAAUUGCUCUCCCACUGUCCAUAAAUCAAAACCUGACCAUGGAUCACCACGACUUUUGUCCUCUCCUUCAUUACCACAUUCCCAAACUGAGAUCCCUAAAUCAUCACAUGGCAUCUCAUUUCAGCCUGAUGCCUUUCCUUUGGCUAGUGCCAGACCACCAAUCCCAGAAGAGUAUCCUUCCCCUUCUUCAUCCAUAUCCUUUUCUCUUGGGUGUACGUUCACAGUCUCACCAUCAGGCUCCACUGAAACAACCCUAUUGCCAAAAGUUUACCAAUCAACCCCAUUACAAAAAGCCUCAGACUCAUCUCCGUUACCAGAACAAUGUCAAUCUCCCAAGUUAUUCCCAGAACCAAUCUCAUCACUGAAGCUUUCCCAACCCCCUCCUAGCAAUCUGGAGUCUCCAAGGCAAUCCCAAUAUUCCUUCUGUGACCCUGAGUCUCUCCUAUCAGAUGAUCAACUCCAGCUGCCUCUGUCACAUGUGUCCUACAGUCCAAACCCAAUACCAAAAUCUCUGGAACAAAGUCCACCUUUGAAAACCCUAUCCUGUUCAUCUCUACUUAAAGAGUCCCCUCCAGGUGCAUAUUCUAAACAUAGGUCAACUCCAGCGAAUGAAGAUGCUCCAGUUUUUAUGUCUUCUACCCCCAUCUCUGGUGACCACGAAUCAUCUCUAUCACCUCAGGAUACACAGUGUAUCCCAUCUCUUCCACUACAUCUCUUAAAUGUCAUCAAAAGUUCUCAUUUAACUGUGAAAAUGGAGGAGGAAGAGGAGCUAUCAAUAGAAGACAGUGGAGAUGAAAUGUCCAGUGAUAGCCUGGGUCUGGCUCCAGAUGAGGAAGACUCUUCAGACGAAGAAGCAGAGAUGUGUGGAUGUUUAACGAGAGGGCGAUCUGGAGAAGAAGAGCAACGGAAUACUGCCAUACCUCAUCUAGAAGAAUCCUUUGUUCCUACAAAUGCAGAAAGAAAAAAAGCUUUGCAGAUGGAUGAGCAAGAACAGCUGUCAGAACCAUCCAUGGAGGACACUGGCACGGGAAGAACAGCUAACCCACCACACCGUUGUGAGAUGCUCUCGCCAGCUCCAGGGGUGAUGCACAAGCAGAGUGCUGGGUCUGGAUCAGAGCAGUUCUGUGAUCUUGAUGGGUUUUCGCCCCUGGGUUUGGACAUGAAUUCUGGUCACUCCGACACACCAGAACACACACAUUGUGACUCACUGCACACAAGGCAAACUUUCCCGUAUGAUUCAGACCCAACAGGGUCAGAGGGUUACGAGCCAAGCAGCAGCCUCAGUAUCUGCACUGAGGAACACCUGGUUUUCGAAAUGAUGAAGGACACCCACACGCAGCCAACUGGAAUUCAAAUUCACUCAACCAAACCCACCAGGAGAGGAGAAAUAUCAGAAAAUGAACUAGGAACAUCUGGUAGAUGGUCAGGGUCUCACCUGCCUGGCAAGUCCACGCCAACUCUCUCUCGGGUUCCUGCUGCCUGCUGCCUGCCCCGUCCCACAUUGGGCUCAGACGUGGGUCCAGCAUUUCGUCCGUUGUCCGGAGCAGCCCAGGAGAUCAUGGAGAUCUGUAGUGUGGACCAGAUGGGCUGUGAGGACCCUGACCUGGACACUGAGACAACUGCACACACAGUCCAUGAACUGGAGCAGGAACUCAAACUCAUGGCUAAGGGAGCAGACAUACACAUAGAAACAGGGAAACAGGCUUCAGAAUUUGGUGCAGGAAACAGUGGAAGUCAAGAACAGCAUGGAAAUCAUCACUUCACACGGGGCAGAGUCAGCGAGGAACAAAGGGAUGAGGAGGCGGCUGCACAGAGAGACCAGCAGAGUGUCCUCUUACUACCCUGAGAUAUUUACAUACACGCACAUAAACACACACGCUUUUUAAAUAACAACAAAUCAGAAGACAUGCACGUGUAGAUACAUGUCUAUGACAGAGUAAAGCAUGCAAAAACACGUCAUUUUAAAUUGUGUUCCAGUGAGGUGAAGACCCCUAAGACUGAAUCUUGUGCAGAUAGAUGAAAAUAAAAAUGUGUUGCUUUGAAAAAAACAAAACAUUGCUGAAUAUUGAUUAAAUAUUAUUGUGAUUGA